AAAAAAAAAAAAAAAAAAAACCUUCCGUAAAAACCCAACCCCUACAUGCCACAUAGAGCAGAGAAAUUGUUAUAGGAGCAUGUGAUUUUGUCGUACAAAAUCAUUAAUCCUAGGAAUACACUCCCAAAGAGUUGCAACAAUAAGUCUCACUAUUUAUUUCGAGAUGGUGAUACAUGCUCAAGAAAGUCAAAAAUCGAUCCAUUUUUAGUAAAUAUUCUCACAUUUUUUUGGACUUCAUGCUUUCAUAUUCUUUUAAUUAAAAAAAGAAGUUUAUAUUUUAUGCACCCAAUUAUCCUAAGUUAUAAAAGUAUCAAAAAUGAGACUUGCUCCAAAUAGAGUUAUUAUAGUAAACCUAAAGUUUAUCUGAAAGCAAAGUUACUCAAUUUCGGAUGGUACCAAAUAAAUUUGACCAUUUUCCUUUCUAGUUUUCAAGAUCAUUAGACUUGAUUCCGAAUGGUAGAACUAAAACCUGCAGCUUCCACCUUGACAAAGCACACAAUUUCAAGAAAAUCAAGUGUAUAGCCUCAAAUCAAUUUAGAUUUGAAUCAUUUAGUUUCAUUAUGUAAAAGACAUGAAUGAUAUAUUUUCAUUAUUAUUAUCAUUGUUGUUCUUCUUAUUAUAUGUAAUUAAUAUUUUGAAGUGUUCCAACAGAUUUUUAUGCACAUAAAAAGGAGGAACAAACAAACGUCCAAAGAAGAAACAUUACCAAUAGUGGCACUUUAAAGAGAGGCAAAUUCGGAUGUUUCUUGGCUUGUAAACAAUGAACGGUUUUGGAGAGAAAAAAAGCCAAAAAGGCAAGCAAAAAGGCAGUUAGAACAAACUAGUUAACUAAAGAAACAAGUGUAUAUUGAUAUUUAAGUACAUUUUCCUUAAAGUGAUCUACCUUCUGGGUGGCAUAUGUAUUCUUGUUUUAGCAGUGAAGUUGGUUUGAAGCUGGUAGACUUGUUUUAACCUCAUUUGUUGAGUUUGGUAAACAAAAAAGCCUUAUGCAUGUGGGUACUAUAUGGGAAACAAAGCAAUAAUAUAAUGUAUUAGUCGCUUUCCUUCAUAAUUACUACUCCCUCCGUAUCAAUUUAUGUGACACCUUUCAGAUUUCGAGAUCCAAACAAGCCUAUCUUUGAUCAUAAUCUUUUCAUAUAUCGUUUAAAUAUUUUGAAUUGUCAACUAUCCCAACUUGUAGUAUUUUUCACAUAGUUUUCAAAUAUAUAACAGUCAAACUUAAAUUGCUUGACUAUCAAAAUCUAAAUUGUGCCCAUAAAUUGGGACAAAAGGAGUACUAUUUCAUUAAGUGUGUUGAGACUUGAGAAAGGAUUUCUCAAGAAAGAAAAGAGAAAAGAUGGUGGGCAUUGAGAAUAUCAAAGCUGCAAGAGAAAUUCUCAAGUGUAGCAUAGAAAAAUCAAGAGAAUUGGGAGUAGAAAUUAGUAAUAGGUGUUGGAGAUUAGAGAGCUGUGAGCAAAGGCUUGAUUUUUUAGCAGGUGCCCUUAGAAACUUAGCAUGUAAAUGCACAUUAUACAAGAUGAGUGGUCAUGAUGUUGAUAGGGUCAUUGGUCCUGCUGCAUCUGUUGUUAAGAUAUUUGAUGUCAUAUGUGAACUUGAAAACUCUCUUUCAACUGAUGAUCCUUCUGAUGAUAUAUCAGCUUAUGUUACAACACUAAAAUGGAUGGAAGAAGCACUCAGUUUACUCACCGAUAACUGCAAACUAGUCGUUUCUUGGCUUGAAACCAGUAGUUUCAAUUCCUCUGUUGCUGAAAGUUGGUAUGUUGUGAAUGUGAACAAGUGUUUGAGUAUACUUAGAGAAUUGCAGGCAACGGAGGAACAUUUUCGUGCCAAAGGUGGGCCCUUGACGGUUGCGCUAGACAAGGUGGAGGUUGAAUUGGCGUCCUUGUUGAAGGGCAUAGCUCCAUUGUCCUUGCCGUUGCCUGAUGUUAUCCAGAAUGUGCAAGCCAUUAUUGAUAGAUUAGCUGCGAACCAUCGACUUGACAGAUGUAUGUCUAUCUACGUUGAGGUUCGGAGGUCAAACGUGAGAAAAGCUGUAGAGGAGCUCGAUUUGGACUACCUGGAGGAGAUAUCAUUCACAGAGUUUGACAGUGUUCUGAGUGUAGAGCCUCACAUUGAUCUAUGGGCCAAACACUUGGAGUUUGCUGUGAAAUAUUUGUUGGACACAGAACACAGGCUUUGCAUUGAAGUGUUCCGAAAAGCAGCAUUUAAGGAAAGAUGUAUGGACUGUUUUGCAAAAAUUGCUGUCCAAUCUGGGAUUCAUUCUUUCAUAAAAUUUGGCAACACAAUUACCAAAGGGAAGAAAGAAGCAAUCAAGCUGUUGAAGCUAUUGGAAAUGUUUGCUGCUCUAAACAAACUACGCUCCAAUUUCAACAGGCUUUUCAGUGGGAGAGCCUGUGGUGAAAUCCAAACCCAAACAAGAGAUCUGGUCAAGAGAGUUGUGAAUGGGACUUGUGAAAUAUUUUGGGAACUUUCUCUUCAGGUGGAACUGCAGAGGCCAACUAGUCCUCCGGUGGAUGGAAGUGUUCCGAGGCUAGUUAACUUUGUCACAGAGUAUUGUAAUCAGCUGCUUGAGGAUGAAUAUUGGUCCACACUUGUCCAAGUUGUGGAGAUACAUCAAGGUUGGAACAACGAGAAUUUCGGAAAGGAGCUUCUUGUAAAUGAGAUGCAAAACAUAGUAACAGUAAUUGGGCUCAAUUUAGAGACUUGGACAAAGAGAUACGAGGAUGUCCCUCUUUCUUAUUUCUUCUUGAUGAAUAACCAUUGGUACUUGUUCAAGUACACGAGGGGAACAAAACUAGGUGAGAUAAUGGGACAUGAAUGGAUUACAGGUCACGAGGAAUACAUGGAGUACUACGAGACACACUUUUUGAAAGAGAGCUGGGGAAAACUCCCGUCCCUUCUGAGUGAGGAAGGCCUAGUGUUGUUCCCAGGAGGGAGAGCCAUUGAUCGACAAUUAGUUAAAAAGAGACUCAAGGAAUUCACUGAGUCUUUCGACGAAAUUUACAAGAAACAAUCCAGUUGGGAAUUGUGUGACAAGGGGCUAAGAUGGAGGGUAUGCCAAAAUGUUUUGCAUGUUGUCGUUCCUUCUUACAUUAACUACCUGGAAAAAUACAUGCCAUCCAUUGAAUUUGAGGUUGCUAGCACUACUGAUCAGCACAUAAAAUACACAGCUAAGACCUUGGUAAAUAUGAUUACUUGUCUAUUUGAACCAAAAGUGGGAAACUAUGGCAGUAGCACCAAAUGCACAGAAUUGAGUGGCAAGCUAAAUAAUAGCUUUGUUACUAAUCAACUUUCCUCCACACCAGCAGCAGCAUGAAAGGUGAUUAGUUCAUAGAUAACUCCUCUUACAUAAAGUCGAUUAGUUUUCCAAACAUAAUCCUGAACAAGUAGGUUGUUAAUUGUACAUGGUUAAUGCAUACACCUGUCUUUUUAGGAGUAUUAUACUUCUCUAGGAAAAAUUCUAAACUGACGAUAAAGAGCUACAUCCAAGAAAAUCGUCAUCAGUCAGUGGUAUGUAAUGUAAAUAAGAUUCUAAAUCCUAAUACCAUGUUUUA